AUGCACAGAUCAGAGCCAUUUCUAAAAAUGUUGCUGCUGAUUCUGCUUUUCCUGGGAUUGGCAGAAGCCUGUAUUCCUCGUGAAGUUGCAACUAAAGAAAAAAUCAACUUGCUGAAAGGGAUCGUAGGUCUGAUGAGCAGACUGUCACCAGAUGAUAGGACAGAAGAAGAAAGUAAGUACUGUGACAAGAUCCUAGGUUUGCUGAGUCUCCAAGUACUGCAUGAAGAAACGAGUGACUGCAAGGAGGAAGUUAAGCCUCUCUCAGCCACCACCCCAUCCAGGAAACCACCCCCCAAGAGGAGGAACACAUGGAACUUCCUGAAAUGCGCCUACAUGGUGAUAACCUACCUCUUCGUGACCUACAACAAAGGGGACUGGUGUUACUGCCACUAUUGUAACUUGGAACUGGACAUCAGGGAUGAUCCCUGCUGUUCUUUCUAGUGAGCCUGCUCCAUCUCAGCUCAGCCUCCACAAGGCCUCCAUCUCCCAGGCAUUCUUACCUCUGAAGAAAGCUCUCUGUGUGGACAGUAAUGAACUGGGUCCUUUGAGGAACGGCACCUGGGUGCCCAGAGGCAUGGCCGGAAGGUGUCUGUGGGAGCCGUGCCUUGGGAGGAUGUACCCAGAGCGUCUGAGAGAGCAUCUGCAGGGGUUUCUCCUAUAAUCUCUCCUCCAGAUCAUUCUCAAACUUUCCCCACUACUUCCAUAAUAAAACAUAUACUUGUUGAAAUGGC